AUGGGCCGGCGGCCCUGUCUUUCUGCAGGAGGAGCCACGACAACGGAAGCCAUGUUGCUGCGCUCUCUGGUCCUCGCCCUGGCCUUGCUGGGGGUUUCGGGCACUGAGAACAGUGUGAAGGAAGUCUGUGUCGGGAGCCCUGGCAUCCCUGGCACUCCUGGAUCCCACGGCCUGCCGGGCAGAGAUGGGAGAGACGGCAUCAAAGGAGACCCGGGGCCUCCAGGCCCCAUGGGCCCUCCUGGAGGAAUGCCAGGCUACCCGGGGCCUAAUGGGCUGACUGGAGCCCCUGGGGUCGCUGGAGAGCGUGGAGUACAGGGGGAGCCUGGUGAGAGAGGCCCUCCAGGACUUCCAGCUUCUCUCGAUGAGGGGCUCCAAACCACACUCCGUGACUUGAGACAUCGGAUCCUGCAGGCCAUGGGAGUCCUAAGUUUUCAGGAGUCCAUGCUGGUAGUGGGAGAGAAGGUCUUCUCCACCAAUGGGCAGUCUGUUAAUUUUGAUGCCAUUAGAGAGUCAUGUGCCAGAGCAGGGGGCCGCAUUGCUGUUCCGAUGAGCCCAGAAGAGAACGAAGCCAUCGCCAGCAUCGUGAGGAAGCACAACACUUAUGCCUACCUGGGUCUGGAGGAGGACCCCAGCUCUGGAGACUUCUACCACCUUGAUGGGGCUCCUGUGAAUUACACCAACUGGUACCCAGGGGAGCCCAGGGGUCGGGGCAAAGAGAAGUGCGUGGAGAUGUACACAGAUGGGCAGUGGAAUAACAAAAACUGCCUGCAGUACCGCCUGGCCAUCUGUGAGUUUUGA